AUGGCAGUCCGACAUUUACUCUUCACAACCGCGUCAUACCAGCUUGCUCCUACCCAAGUGGAAAUUCGAACAGCCGGUGUCUAUUUCCUUUCGUCUCCAACGAUUGCCACAAUAGCUAGGGUUCUCUAUAGCAAAUUUGAACAGACGGCGACGACGUCGCCUAUCCAGUUCCUGCUUGAAGACGCUGAAUCUGCUGAAAUCAAACGGGAUUCAUUCUUGAAGACGCCGAUUAUGCCGAAAUCGAAUAGGUUAGCAAAAUGGUUUCUGCGUUUUUGUUCAUGGUGGUUUGAACAUCUGAACAGAUGAUCAGUGCAGCGCUGGCUGGGAAGGAUGCGUCGGCCGUUGUCGGCGUUUUCACCGGAGAAGGAAGCGUGUGUGAGUGCCUGCGUCUGCAAUGUGGUUUAUGGUCAGCUACAACCGCUUAUGUAAGAAUGCAGAAGAAAGUUGAUGCAGAUGAGAUCAUUGAGAUGGGAACUGAAGCUGAUCAUUAUGGAUUCAAGUUGGUCACUUCAUCUAUAGAAAAGAAAGACGUACUGAAGAUUGAGAAAGCAAAUGAAUCCAAGUUGAGGAUGUAGUGCACAACCAUAUAUUUCUUUUUUCGUAUUUGAAGACGAGUUGCCGACGCCGCCAUGCACAAGUCGUAAAGCUUCAAAUUACACGCAAGGGCCUCGUGCUGGCCUGCUGAUGAAAGAUGUCUGAUGUUUAAACACCUUAGAUUGUGAUGUGGGUAUCACUAUAAUUGUUGAUCUGGAAUGAAGGAAGCAAGAAUGUUAAUUGCAAGUAUUGUGUUUGCCUCGUUUCUUCUUCUUUUUUCUGAACCAAUUGGCUUGGGUGUUUGGUGAAAUCCCAGGCUUGGAUUCUUUUCAUCGAAAUUAGGGGAAUUAUUUGAAUUUUCAUCUGAAUUUUCUGUUCAUUAGAAUUAUGUUUUGUUCAUUAAGAAAGUGUAAUC